AUGUCAAUACCGACGACAAAAGAGAUUCGACGCGCGCUUGACGGCAUAAGCUCAACACUCGGGACGGAACGUGCACUGAAUGGAACCUACAGCAGAGCAAUGGAUAGCAUCCGGGCACAGCACGGGAGUCGUGUCACACUCGCCCUAAGAGACCUGACUUGGCUUCUGACCGCACAUCGUACACUUAGCCUUGGCGGGUUCCGUAUGGCUGUUUCGGUGGGCUACAGGAGCCGCCUGCUGCAUGGAGAUGCCGAUACCGGUCCGUUCGACGAGGGAGAUAUUCCGGACGAAGCAUCAAUUUUGGACGUGUGUCGUGGGCUAGUGAUCAUCGAACAUGGCCAUUAUGCUCAUACCAUCAAGUUUGCCCAUUACUCUGUUCACGGGUAUCUCGAAAGGACUGGUGCAAUUGGAGGUUUAGCGAAACGCCAUCUUACGGUUGCUCUCGGCUGCCUGGGGUUUGUUGAGUUGAUUAGCCUCAUGGAUCCGGAAGGAACAUUGUACCGCAGCCUGUCCGGGCGGCAGCGUUCUGACUUUAGUGAUGAAGAUAUAAAAUUGUGGGGCUUCCUGGAGACUUGGCAGUAUUGUGAAUUUAUGGGAUACAUCAGGAGUAACCUGCACAGGCACAUGCAGGCCUGCCAUCACAUCGCCCAUGACCACACAGAUGCCCUGCUCGAAUUCCUGCAGAACACGCACCUACUAAAUUUUCUUGGUAAAAUUCAACGAAGUAUUGAGGGAAACUACUACGUGCACAUUGAUGGCAUGCCUAGGCCACUGCAUGAAGCAACAGCAUGGGGAAGUAUUAUCCUCGUCCGUCAACUACUGGAUGACUGGACCGACAUCAGCACCCACAAUUCGAGCGAUUGUACGCCACUCCAUAUUGCUGUUAGGGGAAAUUUGGUAGAUCUAGUCCAGUUUUGGCUCGAAAAGGGCGCUGAAGUGGGUGCGAGGCACAUUUUCGGGGAAACACCUCUCCUGCUCGCAAUCAAACAAAAUUCGAUAAGUGCGGCUCGAGUACUACCUAGCGGGGACGCAAAUUUAGUGAAAGAAAUGCUUAGUCUGGAUAUAUAUAAGAUGACCAAUAACAAAGAUAGGCUAAAGCUUCUGUUUGAGUUUGGGCUAAGCGUAGAGCAAAAGACUGAGGGUCGGACAAUGUUACAAAAUGCCGUAUGCGGUCGUGAUAACUUUACUCUUGUUCAAUUCCUGCUCCAGAACGGCGCGAGAAUCGACGCUCAUGGUCCCGAAGGCACUGCGCUGCAUAUAGCUGCGAGGAAGGGCUACGUGGAUAUACUUCGGUUGCUGCUGAGCUACGGGACAGGCAGGGCGUCGACGGGAAAUGUGCCUUGUAGUGAUGUUCGGGCACCGCACGCGCGUGAGCAGGCUGAUCCUAUAAAUGCGCGAGACUAUGAUGGCCGCACCAUCCUAUCCUAUAUAUUCUGGGAUCCCAACCUCGUGAGGAUGGUGCUUGAUGCUGGUGCGGGCAUCUAUAUUCUAGACGAUCGCGGAAGAUCCGCAUUACACCACGGCGCCCACAAUAACGCGAAUGCGAACGCUAUAUCACUGCUCAUAGAAAAAGGUUUAACCUUCGAGCCACGGGAUAAAAAUCACCAAACACCGCUACAUUAUGCAAGGGGCGACCCGGUUGCCCUAUUGCUUGAAUGGGGCGCCGAUCUAAUCGAUGAGGAUGUGCGGGUCUUGCUAAGAGCCGGUGCGGACGUAAACGCACGAAACAGGAGCGAUAUGACACCACUCCACUGUGCGGCAAGGAUGGGACGCGCGAGCCUGGUAAACCUACUGCUGCAAGCUGGGGCGGACAUUCAAGCUCGAGUCAUCAACCAAAUGUCAGCAAUGCAUCAUGGUGCUGCGAUUGAUAGUCCAGAUACCAUACUGGUUCUCAUGGAGAAGGGUAUAUCGGUAAGCCCCAAGGAUAAGGAUGGAUAUGGAUAUACACCACUAGGGUACCUAGUUAACCACGGCUGCAUACGUGGGGCAAAGAUGGUGAUUGAGGCGGGCGCCGAUGUGAACGCUGUUCACAUGGAUAAAUUGAGUUUAUUACAUCUAGCUGCUAGAAGUAGACCGGAGAGCGUGGGGAUCAUGGGUUUGCUCUUGGAUGGCGGUGCCGACGUACACGCCUGCGACGGGAAACAAAGAACACCGCUCCACCACGCAGUUGAGGAUAUUGAGACCGAAGAGGUGGAAGAGAAGAUAAGACUCCUUAUAGACAAAGGCGCCGACGUAAAUGCCAGAGACAUUGAUGGAAAUACCCCACUCAACCACUCCAUCCAUUUGCUCUGGGAAAAUGGGGCGCGCAUAUUGAUUUCCGCGGGUGCUGACGUAAACGCUGUUGACAAUAAUCAAGUGAGCUUAUUGGACCUGGCUAUGCAGAACGGCUGCGGUAGAACUAUGGCCCUUCUCCCAGACGCUGGUGCGAACAUACACGGCUACGACGGCGACCAAGAAGCACCGCCAGGCACCGCCCCCAAGGGAGGAUGGGAGCCCGACAUUCUUGAAUCGAUGGUUGAUCGUUGGUUUGAACACUUCUCCGCCAGUCAAGUGAUGACGGAAGAUCCGGGCGAAACAGUGUCGCAAAUUAAUGACGGGUCUUGUGGCGACGAAGCUGCUGAUCAGGGCCCGGGAGAAGAGCUCGGGAGGAAAAGAAGACAUCCGACUGCAUUUCCACCGCAUACGAAUUAG